AUGCUCGGCGCGGGCUUCGUGACUAAGCCCACGCUCGAUGUUCUGACCAAGGCCGGCAUCCCAGUCACCGUCGCUUGCCGAACUUUGAAGACUGCUCAAGAGCUUGCCGGCAACAAUAAACUUGCCACACCAACGACGGUCGACGUCUUGAACGACGACGCCCUGGACGCUGAAGUUGCCAAGCAUGACUUGGUUAUCAGCUUGAUUCCAUACAUCUACCAUGUCAAUGUCAUCAAGUCCGCUAUCCGCAACAAGAAGAACGUUGUCACCACCAGCUACGUUUCCCCCGCCAUGAUGGAGCUGGACCAGCAGUGCAAGGAUGCCGGAAUCACUGUCAUGAACGAGAUUGGCCUUGAUGCUGUCAAGACAAUCGACGAAGUCCACGCGGCCGGCGGCAAAAUCAUCAAGUUUCUCUCUUACUGUGGAGCACCCGAAUCGUCCGACAACGCCCUCGGUUAUAAGUUCUCUUGGUCUUCAAGAGGCGUAUUGCUUGCCCUGAGGAAUGCUGCGUCCAUCAUACAAGACGGCAAGGUUUUCAACAUUGCAAGCAAGGAUCUAAUGGGCACGGCCAAGCCAUACUUCAUCAUGCCUGGUUUUGCAUUUGUUGCCUACCCCAACCGUGACUCGACUCCUUAUGCCCAACGAUACAACAUUCCUGAAGCUCAGACAAUCAUCCGUGGAACUCUUCGAUACGCGGGAUUUCCACAAUUCAUCCGCUGUCUAGUGCAGGUCGGCUUCUUGGAGGAGACGCCCAUUAAGGCUCUCGAGUCUCCCAUCACUUGGAAGGAGGCCACUCAGGCUGUCCUCGGAACCGCCUCAUCCGACCCCAAGGAGCUCGAGGCUGCCAUCAUUGCCAAGGCCGAAUUCGACUCACCCGAGGACCGUGACCGAAUUCUUUCAGGUCUUCGAUGGAUCGGUAUCUUCUCUGACGAGAAAAUCACACCCAGGGGCAACCCGCUCGAUACCCUCUGCGCCGUUCUCGAGAAGAAGAUGCAAUUUGAGGAAGGCGAGCGAGACAUGGUCAUGCUUCAGCACAAGUUCGAGAUCGAGCACAAGGACGGAUCCAAGGAAACCCGCACGUCUACUCUCGUACAAUACGGAGACUCUACUUAUUCUGCCAUGGCGCGUCUGGUCGGAAUUCCAUGCGCUGUGGCCGUCCAGCAGGUUUUGAACGGUACUCUGUCUGAGAAGGGUAUUCUGGCUCCCAUGACUGCCAAGAUCAACAACCCCAUCAUGAAGGAACUGAAGGAAAAGUACGGCAUUGAGAUGAAGGAGAAGACUGUCUUGUAA